AUGAGGCCAGGAUCAUCAGAGACGGAUGAUGCCUUCAUGGCUCCUAUGUAUAUUGAGUCAUCGAUUUGGUACGAUGACGAGGGUCUGGAAAGUACUGAAAAUGGACUUCCUGGAAUAGGGUAUUCAAGGAGCAGUAUUCAGCUUUCGGGUAUACCGGACACAGGAUAUUCUACUUACGAUGGCGACGAUAUCUCUACAAAUCAUCCUUCCCGCCCAGGUGACACCCUCGAAAACCCAAUUACAAUUGAUACUUCUGAUCACGACAACAAUAUCUAUCCUGGUAGCUAUUCAGGCGACAAUAAUCCUAUUGAGUUGGAUAUCGCUAGUGAUAGACACAGUAGCUGUGAUACUGCUAGUGUGUAUACUAGAGGGCCAGGUAGCACCCACGAGAGCCCAGUUCAAGUCGAAAACCUCGUAGACGGUAAGAAACCAUCUACUCAUUUCCUGAGACAGCAAUAA